AUGGAGCAGUGCAAGCCCGUGUCAACGCCCAUGGAAGCGGGCCUGCAACUACGGAAGCGCGAGACGAACGAGAAGCUGGACAAGCCGUACCGAGAGCUGAUAGGAUGUCUCACCUAUUUGAUGGUCACGUCCAGGCCGGAUCUCAGCGCCUCGGUGAAUUACUUCAGUCAGUUCCAGAGCAAUCCAAACGAGGACCACUGGGUGCACGCAAAAAGGAUUUUGCGGUAUCUGCAGGGGACAGCCAAUCACGAACUGGUGUACGAACGGUUAACAGUAUCGGACCAUCAGGUGAUUGGUUUUGCGGAUGCAAACUGGGCGACUGACGUCAACGACAGGCGUUCGGUUUCCGGGAUCCAGUUCAAGCUGUACGGAGCCACAGUUAGUUGGAGCACUAGGAAGCAAAGCACCGUAUCCUUGUCGUCGACCGAAGCGGAGUGUUCCGCUCUAGCAGAUGCAGCGUGUGAGGCCAUUUGGAUCCAAAAGGUCUUAGGUGAGUUAGGAGUGCAAGAAGGGCGAUCGCCACUACUGUACGAAGACAACCAAUCAACCAUCGCGAUUAUGGAGUCGGCUGGACCUUCGAAGCGACUGAAGCACACCGACAUCAAGCUGCAUUUUGUGCGUGAGUGUGUAGCCAUGAAGAAGCUCGAAGUUCGCUACAUUUCAACGAGUGAGCAGCAAGCAGAUUUGUUGACGAAAGGAUUGCCCGUGAUGCCGUUCCGGAAGCACUGUUCGAGCAUUGGAGUUUUCCCACGAUCAGUUUGA